AUGCCUGCUUCAUGGCCAAAGGAGACAGCGAGUGUGAAACCAUCAGAAAACUCCGCUCGGCCUACCAAAAGGCAGAUCGAUGGGCCAGGAUACGCAUCGGUGUUCGAUCCUAAGAAGUAUGCGCUGAUUCAUUUUGUGAACACUCAAGAAUUUGACCCCCAAUACACACCGCUGUCCCUUCGAGGCCAUACCGUGGUUACAACCGGACAGCGGAACAAUACCUAG